AUGACGCAAGAUAGCGGUAGUGGUGGUAUCGGUGGUGUUGGAGGAGCGGGAUCCGUUCCGAACGUGACCUCGCCUCUGGAAGCUUACAUGGCGCUGUCCAAGCUGGCAGCCGCUGAUUGGUGGAGACGAGUGGAGGUAGUUUUCCUGGCAGAAAGUGGUGGGAAGGAGGCGGAAGGGGAGGGGAAGGCGGAAAGUAGGAGGGCGGAUGGGGAGAGGGCGGAGGAGGGGAGGGAGGAAGGGGAGGGAAGGGCGGAAGGGGAGGGAAGGGUGGAAGAGGAGAGGCUGGAAGGGGAGGGGAAGUCGGAGAGGGAGGGGCCGAUGGAGAGGGGGCAAGGAGGCGCUACACUUAGAGUGGAAAGCUCUGGCGAAGGGCAUUCAGAAAGGGAACGUGUAGAAGGGCAUUUGGGGGAGAAGAAUGCAGAAAAGGAGCACCAGCAUCAGCACCAGGUGCAGAAGCAGCAGCAGCAGCAGCAGCAGCAGCAGCAGCAGCAGCAGCAGCAGCAGCAGCAGCAGCAGCAGCAGCAGCAGCAGCAGCAGCAGCAGCAGCAGCAGCAGCAGCAGCAGCAGCAGCAGCAGCAGCAGCAGCAGUUAGAUAGGCAGAGGGAGGGGGAGAAGCAGCAAGAAGGUUUGGGUACAGAGGCCGGUCAGAAACCCCACCAGAACCCAUUGAAUAUGCUUGCUAUCAUGUGCUACAAACGAGGGGAUCAUCCAGACAAGGUACGCUGUGUGGAGUUGCUUGUGAGAGCUCUCAAAGGGUACGCUGUGUAG